AUGCAAGUCUGGCGCCUGCUGACUUACUCGUUCUGCCACAAAAGAGCACCUUCCUUGUUUUGCAGCGCAGCCCUGCUGAUAGUGCUGGGACAGUGUCAGGAGCGUCCCUGGGGCACAGUCCGCUUUCUGGCAGGGAGAAAUAAGAGACUAGGGCUAAUGCUGGCUGGAGAAGGGGAGGGGCUGGCAGUCUUUAGGCCCCUACAACGCAAUUUCUUCAUGCUGUCAGAGACCAGAGACCAGCUCCCUUUAACCAGCACUGCCAGAAGACCCCAGUUGUCUCCAGAGCCUGCCCCCUUCAACAGACCCCACUGGUCAAUCUACCACACACCUCCAGCACCAUGGCGAUCCGCGGCCUUUGAGUGGACUGCAGAGAGAGCACUGGCUGCCUCCGAGAGUCUCCUGUUGGAGGAAGAGCUCCUGAGGGCGGGGAUCCUUGCGUCGCUCCAGGAGAGCUCAGAGGAGAGCCCCAACAACAAACUGGAGGUCCCCAAGUCUUCAGUGUCCUCCUUGCGCCUUCAGCAAUUGGAGCGAAUGGGAUUCCCCACAGAGAAAGCAGUGGUGGUGCUGUCAGCCUCCGGAAGGCUAAAGGGCGCUAUUUCCCUUCUGAUCGACAGUCAGGUUGGAGAGGAAGCUGUUGUGACAACCAGGGGAAAGGCUAAUUCCAUCCCAGAAGCCUGCUUGAGCUGCUACACUGCUGAACUACAGGGCUGGGAAGGAUGUGAAAAACUAUAAUUUGAUAUACAAAAAAAUAUCAGGACAAAAUCAGGAGCAAUUUUGUCACUUGGAAAUCCAAGAACUGGACUGCCUCACUAUUUUACUGUAAUAUACUUUUUUUCUGAUGGAAAAG